UGCCGCUCUGCGACAGCCUCAUGAUCUGGCUGCAGACAUUCAAUACUUCCUCACCUUGUCAAGAUGUCAAACAGCUGACUAAUGGAGUUGCCAUGGCACAAGUUCUUCAUCAGAUUGAUAUGGCUUGGUUCAACGAAUCUUGGUUAAGCCGAAUUAAAGAGGAUGUUGGGGACAACUGGAGAAUAAAGGCUAGUAAUUUAAAGAAGGUCCUUCAAAGAAUUGUGAGUUAUUACCAUGAGUUUUUAGGGCAGCAGAUUUCUGAAGCACUUAUCCCUGAUUUAAACCAAAUAACUGAAUGUUCGGAUUCUGUGGAGCUUGGGAGGUUGCUCCAGCUUAUUUUAGGUUGUGCGGUCAACUGUGAAAAGAAGCAAGAACAUAUCCAAAAUAUAAUGACACUGGAAGAGUCUGUUCAGCAUGUGGUCAUGACUGCUAUUCAAGAGUUGAUGAGUAAAGAAAUAGUGAGCUCUCCUACAAAUGAUGCUGUUGGAGAAUUAGAGCAACAACUUAAGAAGGUGUUGGAAGAACUUCAGGAAGCACUUGCAGAAAAAGAAGAGCUCAGGCAGAGAUGCCAGGAACUAGAUCUGCAGGUGACUACACUUCAAGAUGAAAAGAAUUCACUGGUUUCUGAGAAUGAGAUGAUGAAUGAAAAACUUGACCAGAUGGAUGGCUCUUUUGAUGAUCCAAAUACAGUGGUUGCAAAAAAGUAUUUUCAUGCACAGUUACAACUAGAACAAUUACAGGAAGAAAACUUCAGGCUUGAAGCUGCAAAAGAUGAUUAUCGUGUUCACUGUGAAGAACUUGAAAAGCAGCUGAUUGAAUUUCAGCAUAGAAAUGAUGAAUUGACUAGUCUUGCUGAAGAAACAAGAGCUCUGAAAGAUGAAAUAGAUGUUCUUAGGGCUACCUCUGAUAAAGCAAAUAAACUGGAGUCAACAGUUGAGAUAUAUCGUCAGAAGCUACAAGACCUGAAUGACCUUCGCAAGCAGGUGAAAACUUUACAGGAAACGAACAUGAUGUAUAUGCAUAAUACAGUCAGCUUAGAAGAAGAAUUAAAGAAGGCAAAUGCAGCACGUACACAAUUAGAAACAUACAAAAGGCAGGUUCAGGAUCUUCACAUUAAACUUUCCUCUGAAUCCAAAAGGGCGGACACGCUAGCAUUUGAAAUGAAGCGGCUUGAAGAAAAACAUGAAGCUUUACUUAAAGAAAAAGAGAGAUUAAUAGAGCAGCGUGAUACUCUGAAAGAAACAAAUGAAGAGCUUCGAUGUUCACAAGUACAACAAGAUCAUCUAAACCAAACAGAUGCAUCUGCUACAAAAAGUUAUGAGAAUCUUGCUGCUGAGAUUAUGCCAGUGGAAUAUAGGGAAGUGUUUAUUCGACUGCAACAUGAAAAUAAGAUGCUUCGCUUACAGCAGGAAGGUACUGAGAAUGAACGUAUCGAAGAACUUCAGGAGCAGCUAGAACAGAAGCACCGCAAGAUGAAUGAGUUGGAAACUGAGCAAAGGCUGAGCAAAGAGCGCAUCCGAGAAUUGCAGCAGCAGAUUGAGGACCUCCAGAAGUCUUUACAGGAACAAGACUCCAAGUCUGAAGGCGAAAGCUCCAGCAAAUUAAAGCAGAAGUUGGAAGCUCAUAUGGAAAAACUAACAGAGGUCCAUGAAGAAUUACAGAAGAAACAAGAGCUCAUUGAAGAUCUUCAGCCAGAUAUAAAUCAAAAUGCACAAAAGAUCAGUGAACUUGAAGCUGCUCUUCAGAAGAAAGAUGAAGAUAUGAAAGCGAUGGAGGAAAGAUAUAAAAUGUACUUAGAGAAAGCUCGAAAUGUAAUAAAAACAUUAGAUCCCAAAUUAAAUCCAGCAUCAGCUGAAAUAAUGCUACUUAGAAAGCAGUUGGCAGAGAAAGAGAGAAGAAUUGAGAUUCUGGAGAGUGAAUGUAAAGUAGCAAAAUUCCGUGAUUAUGAAGAAAAACUCAUUGUGUCUGCCUGGUAUAAUAAGAGCCUAGCAUUCCAGAAACUGGGGAUGGAAUCUAGACUUGUGAGCGGCAGUGGUGCUUGCAAAGACGCUGGUGCAUGUACUCCUGCACGGUCUUUCUUAGCACAGCAACGGCACAUCACCAACACCAGAAGAAAUCUCUCUGUUAAAGUUCCUGCUACAACAUCUGAUUAAACUGCAAAA